AUGAGUGUUAAUGAAAUCAACCAAUUCGAAGAAACUAGUCUUGGAAAGAGUACAGCGUUACAUGUGGCAUCGUAUUAUGGUCAUUACCAAGUGGUCGAAAUAUUGCUGGCACAUCAAGCUAAUUCAACAAUCAGAAAUUUCUGUGGACUAACAGCUUACGCAGAAGCUAGUACGAGAGAUGUAGCAUGUGUAUUUAGACGUCAUCGAAUGGCUGAUAGUACCUCAAAUGAUCGUUUUUCCCAAGCAAACUCAGAUCUUGAAUGGGUCUCAUAUAAUCCAAAUAUGGUGAAACAAGCAUCUCAUUACGAUAAAUGGCUUGAAACUGGCUGUAAUAACAUGGAAUUUGCUAUCGAAGAUAGUAUCGUUCAUUAUUUAAAGGAAAAAGAAGAGUUAAAAAAUGAUCUUGAUAUUGAUCUAGUUGAGAAAUUAUUUCGUGAAGCAAUUAAUAGACAUGAUCCAAAACUUAUCGUGACAGCUUACACAUUGGAAACACAAUUUUAUCGAGUGUUAAAUAGAGAUCUAGCAGCCACAUCGGCUGAUAUGUUAAAUCAAAAAUUCAUAUUCGAUGCAAAAAUCCAACCUUUUUGGCAAACCUACGGACGAAUAGCUGCUAUUAUUGCUCGACAUCCAGAAUUAUAUAGAUUUGGAGUAAAGGGUUGCUUUUUUCGUGGUAUGGCAUUGAGUACAGAAGACUUGUCGCAAUAUAGAGUUGGUGAACGUAUCUUAACUAAAACUUUUGCUUCAUGUUCACGCAAUCCUUUGAUCGCCGAAAAGUUUGCAAUCAGAGAUCUUGACACAACAAGUGAGAAAUGUUUCACUCUAUGCAAAUAUAUUAUCGUCCGUAAACGUUCAGCAUUGGAAAUUAAUACUCUAUCAGUAUAUCCAGACGAAACAGAAGUGUUAAUUGUACCUUUCCGUGUAUUCGAAAUUGUAAAAACGACACCAAAAAUGUUUGAAUGGUGCAACAAAGAUGAAGUGGUAAUGAGAAAAGAAGGAAUAGAAAUUGAAUUACAAGAAUGUGAAAAACAAAACUCUAACUGUCGGUUAAUGUAA